CUCUUGGUGCUUCAAGAAAGGAUUGAGAUGCCCCACAUCUUUAAACAGAUGAAAAACAUUUUGCUUAUCUGUAUAUACAAAUUCUAAGUACAUGAAACAAUAGAGCAACCUCUUAACCUGGUAUUAUUUCACAACAUUUUAAAAAAAGGUGAAGAGAAAAAAAUCAGAAUCAAUAUAGAUGAUCUUCAGUGGUACUGGUAGUUUAGCACCUGGUAAAACAUUCCCAGACCACAAGUGGAUCAAAAAUGAGUUGUGAAACUCCUAACAUGCCUCUAGAAGUUUAUGUGUGCAACAAGAUCUGCAGAAUGAAGUUGUUAGGAAGAUAUUUAAGGUACAAAGUCAGUGAGGUACAGAUAGUUAAUUAAAAGUGGAAAGUUAGUACUGUACUUUUACUUACUCAUGCUUUCUUAACGCAAAUGUAUUGCCCCAAGGUAUUGACAUAGUCACUUCAGUUUCAUGGACUUAGCCCAAGCCUUUUGAUACUUGGAAGAUUAAGCUUAAUGUGCAGAAAAGAAGAAAUUUCCUUUAAUUAAAGAUUUACUUAAAGCUGCAAAUUGUGAUUACCUGACCAGAAUUCAGAAGGGAUAACUGUUGCUACCAGGUCUCUCUCACAUCCUUCCUCCAUGGAACUAUACAUUCUAGCUGGCACCCAAAUCUUCAUUGGUGUAGUUUGAUGAGAUGGGACAUAUGCUGUAGUGCUGGGACUGAUUACUCUCUUGGGGAAUAACCUUUUCCUAACCUCCACCUGACCCUCUCCUGAGACAGCUCCAUGCUGUUCCCUCAGGUCCUGUCACUGUCACCAGAGAGCAGAGCUCAGCGCUGCCCCUCUGCUCCCCUCAUGAGGAAGCUGUAUUCCUAUAUUAGUACACCUAUUACCAUAGCAGCAGCAUGUCUCAAUCCUCAUAAACUCUUUUUGUUACUUCAUGGCUUCACACAUCACCACUAGUGAUCAGUUUAUAGCCUUGUUGCCUCCCAUGCCCAGACAUCCCUUAUCAUCCUAUACACUGCUUUUUCUCCUGUGUCUCCGCAUCUCAAGAUCUCUGCUAGCAAACCAAAACUAUGCUUCUCUAUACUAUGUUAUAAUGUCAGUCGUAUAUCUCAUUCAAUUUAGAAUACCAGAUUGUUAGUGUUACGUAUGUAAAACUAUGACUGUGUGCCACACAAAAAUAAACAAAAGCACCAAAUGAUUGGUCAGAAAAAAACCAGCUUUUUUGUUUUGUUUUGUUUUGUUUUUCUGCAGCAAGCCCAAGCUAAACCAAUUUUGGUUACACAAAGAAAAAUAAGGUUGCAGGCAGGUCAAGAAAGCUUCACAUAGACUAAGCCUGACAAGCAGAACUCUCAAGGCCUUGCAAAGCCAGCACAAAGCUUAUGGCCUCCUACAAUGACAGUGCUGUGCUUCAGUUCUAGCCUACAGUGCACAGCCACUUGAAAUCAGGUAACUGGUGGAAGAGAGCAAGCAUUGCUUUGCUUCAUGAUGAGGGAGUUGGCUGGCAGUAGGUUAUUGGCAGUGAGAACCCAUUCCUCUGGAAUUGACGCAUUUCAUCUCUCACAGGUAGAACAUUACCCACCUCCCCUGGCUUGCAGAACACUAGUACUAUGAGCCAGAUCAUUCACCAGGGGCAAGUGUGAGCGACUCCAUCAAGUACAACAGAAAUACCAUAAUUUGCAGCAGCAGGAUUUCUGGUCCUACAUCAUGUUGCAGCCACCAUUCUGUUUUCCUAAACACAGAUAUUGGUUUGCCUUGAAGUAUGGCUGCCAAGCUGCAUUUAGACAAGAUAGCAGUGGAGAUGUAUCAGAAACAGACCCUCCCAACAUCAUUCAGAAGCAAGCUAUUGAUGUACUGACCGAUAUUAACAUGCUCAGGGUAUUCAAGACUUUUCUUGAGACCACACCACAGCUCUUUGUUCAGAUUUAUGUACUCAUGGAAUACAACAACCAUAAUUUCUACCAGUAUGCUGCCAUUAUUAUUUCAUUUUGUGGUAUUUCCUUUUCAAUGGUUGAUUAUCAAAUAUCACUACGAAAAUCUCUGCCUGAUAAAGAGGAAUUAGAAGCGCUCCCCAAGUUAGUGUAUCUCUUCUAUAAACUGCUUACCAUCACUUCUUGGAUACUCAGUAUUUCACUGAUCACUCUACUAAGCGUUAGAAGUUCUGUAAUUGUGCUGAUACUUCUUUGGAGCUGCGGCUUUGCCUGGACUUUGAAACAGCACACAACAUUUUGCAAAUCCAAGGAGAUGGAAUAUCUGUACAGAACUGUUGUUGGAAUCAUUCUCCUUUUUACUUUUUUUAACAUAAAGGGGAGAAAAACAAAAGCUUACAUUUCUAUUUAUUAUGCUACGCACACCAUUGUAACUGUAGGCAUUUUGCUUGUAUGUUUGUUUUGGAAACCUGCUGUUAUAGAGAAAGUACAUCUUACAAUUGUGAGUGGCUUAGCUGUUAUCAGUUUGGUGUUAGGUCUUAUUUUUCUUGCUGUUUAUUACAAGUAUUUUCACCCCACCACUUAUUGCAAACAACGGACAUUUUUCGAUGAAGUUGAUAGAAGGGGAGGAGACAACAUGGAAGUUGGUAGAUUUCAAAAUUUCAUAAUGCAAUGAGCAGUAUAGGUUUUGGUGUAGACUGCAAAGCAAACGCUGCAGAGGGUGCUUCUCUGUCUUUGUUUCUUAUGUAUUUUUACUAAGUAGCACAUAAUGUAUUAGAGUUAUCAGCUCUGAAUAACUUUUCCAUGAUGUUAUAUAAAUUGCCUUUAUAACAUGAAUAUUUUUCUACAUGCUAGUCAGUGUUACUUUUGAAAAGGAAUCAAUUUAUCCAUCCAACUCAAUUCACUGUUUUAGUUUUUAGCAGUGCAAAUAAAACAUAGGAAAAGCUAAAAGCUAGUCAAAUGAAAGUUAGCAUUACCGAUGUGUUCUGUUUAUUUACGUUAACUCUGUUAAAAGCAAGGCUUACUUUUCUUGCUGGAAGGAAAGAGAAGUGUAUUUGAAAUAUUGAGGGGUGGUGAUCCGUGAGCUGGCUGUUUCUUCCCAUUACUGUAAGAGCUGCAGUUUUUAUACAGAUGAACAUAGGUACAAACCUUACUGCCUUCUCCUUAAACAUCCCAUGAAGAAGAAUAGCUUUGAUUUAUGACCCAAUCACUGUCAUGCCACAAGAAAACAUGAGAAGAUAUUUUAAAGCAUUUUAUCUUCUAGGUGUUUUAGUGACUCCUUUACUGCCUUUGUUCUGCUAAUCUUUCACACACCCUUUAUUUAGGAGUGAUGCCAGUUUGUUGUUCUGGACUAUAAUAGCAGCUUGAGUGAUUUAUUGACAGCAAUACAUGUCUCAGAAAUAUAGGAAGAACUAUCCUCCUUGAAGCUUUCCUAUCCUCUGAGCUACAGGAUACAACACUUAAAUGCUGGUUUCCACUGAAGGAGGAAGCUAUGCAAAGUAUGCAGUGGUACAGCUUCUUUUGUCUUUGUCACCAGCCGCAGCUUCUUCAGAAAUAAAACCUAAGGUGAAGCCUCUCAGAGCUGCUGGGUUUUACAUCUGAGCUGUGAAAAAUGGGCUUUUUCUCUCCUCCAAUGAUUCACAUUUGCUAUUAGUGUAGCCACAGGCAAAGGGAGGAAUCAGUGCUUGAGAAAAGAGACUAAAGAUGAGCGCAGCUGAUAAACUUUGCCAGGAACAAAAUCUGUUAGAAUUAUUGAUUGACAGCAAACAUCUCUGAAACUCUGGGGGAAGGGCUGAUGCUUCGGUUGAUACUCAGGGUGCUGAAGAGUUGUUUUCUGUGCCUUUUGUCCAGACUGCUGACCGCCCUGUGACUAUUACUCUUCCAGCCUAAGCAGAGCUCAGUGAAGUUUCUAAACAUUCCCUUCCUGUUGUGCUGUCAAAUAAUUGCUUUCACAGUUCUCUUCACAACACCAACCAUUUACAUCUCCUUAAUCCUGGUUGAGGGAAUUAAUUUCUAAGUGCACAGUAUGGACCACAUCAUUUGACUUUCUGAGGAUGCACGUGAAAAAGCAGUGUAGUAAGAGGAAAUUACUUCUGAAAAUCCCUCAUCUCCAACUUAAAAAAAAACCAAAAACACAACCUAUGAGACUCGAGCAAUAGUUUUCCUUAAAUAAAUAUAUAAACCAACACUUUUUUCUACUCUGGAGAAGAGAUUUAUUUGCCAUGCAAAUGCUGCAAAAGGAAGAGAAAGGGCGUAAGUCUCCAUCCUUCUGCAUAUACCAUCUUUGUCCCAAGUUCUGUUUCCUUUCUCUAUAGCAUAUUUAUUACUUAUGCUGGUGCUUUGGCAGCAAAAUACAUGGUUUUAGGAUGAAUUUACUACUUCUUUCACACAAAAAUAAAUCCUAAAUAAUGAAGACUAAAA